CACUAAUUGGCGGCUUCAACUUCAGUCUCCUUAUAGUCGUCAACCCGAGCAUGACUGGAUCCAGCACACCAGCUCGUCCUCUUCCCAGCAACAACCAGGAUAUAGAAGCGGUCGAAAAUCAACCACAGCAUGAUUCUCUACAACCGCACCAGCCAACUGGGCCGCAGAUUCCUCCAGAGUUGCUAGCCAAGCCUGCGGAAUCGACUCCCAAGGAAGAGCACGAGUCAAUUGGGCCGCAAAUUCCUCCAGCGGUGUUCUCGGAACCCGCCCAAACAGCGACUGCAGAAGGAGAAGACGAAGACGAAUAUGCUCCGGCGCUACCUCCCGACCUACUAGCUGCUCGGCAAGGUGGGCAUGCUACUAGGGAGCCUGCAGGCAAGCGAACGAUCGGCCCCACCUUCCCACCUAGUAUGGGUGGUGUGCAACGGUCGUAUGAGGACGAGGAGGACGAGGACGAUUAUGGGCCCAGACCGCUGCCCGGAGGGGUGGUACUGGAAGAGAAGGAUGCUGUCCAGGAGUUCCUCGAGAAGGAAGAGAGACGGCGGAAGCAGAUGGAGGAAGCUAGCAAACCAAAAGCCCUCAAGCGUGAAGAAUGGAUGCUCGUCCCGCCAUCCUCGUCGGACCUGCUAGCCUCCAUCGAUCCCACGAAGUUGAACCGCCCGCGCCAGUUCGCACGCACGGCCGCUCCCGCACGCAACACUGACAGCUCGCUCUGGACGGAGACCCCUGCGGAGCGGCAGCAACGCAUCGCGGACGAAGUCGCGGGGAAGCGGCGGCGCGUGACGGACGUGAACGCCGUCAGCCCGGACGAAGAGCGGGAGAUGCGUAAGAGGCGGAGGCACGAGGAGGAGGUGAGGAGGGGCGUUGAAGAGCAUACGAAAAAAGUUCGGGGCGGUGCGCUCCUUGAACAGCAUUCGAAAGUGGCCUCCACGAAGGAGGGCAGCGAGGGUGAAGAGGGCCCAUCGGUCAUCUGGGACCAUAGUCGGGAUAUGGCGCUUUCGGGACGGCUCAUGGACGAUAAGUCGCGCGACAAGCUCAUUAAGGAGGCUCGGGGUCUUGGGGAUCGGUUUGGAACGGGCAAGAAGGGGAGCUUCUUGUAGCGUGUACGGUAUGUUAAUGCUUGAUGUGUGCGGGCGAACUCAGUAAGUGCACUGACGGGUCGCUUGAUAACGCGAAGGCGAUUCUUUCAUUUGCAUUACAUUUGUGACCACGAUUGUGGAGUCGACACGAUGUACUCUAACGUAGAUCCUCCUACGGUUACGAUUGUAACAUUCGUGUCUAUACUAUUGUAUUAAAACCGAAGGGAUUACGAUCUCCUAGAGCUGGGUGGAAUCCAAUUGCAAAGCAUG